AUGGGUAUUUUGAACCAUACCUUCAACGUGUGUGAUGGGGGUCAUGCACGAGAGCCAUAUUGGCUCUUAAGUGGUACAGAAUAUGUUGUCGGACGCAAAAAUUGUGCAAUUUUAAUUCAUGAUGAUUCGUCCAUCAGUCGAAGUCAUGCAGUUCUAACAGUAGGUCGUCCUGAAACAGCCUCUAGCCACUCUCUCUCAGUCCCUAUAUUAACAGUAACAGAUACAUCUAAGUAUGGUACCUUUGUUAAUGGAUCAAAACUUAGUGGCACUUCGGUGUCUUUGCAGUCUGGUGACAGAAUCAACUUUGGAGUCUUUGAGAGCAAGUUUAGAGUGGAGUAUGAACCUUUGGUUGUCUGCUCCUCAUGUUUAGAUGUAGCUCAGAAAACUGCUUUAAAUCAAGCCAUCCAGCAGCUUGGAGGCCUUGUUGUGAAUGAAUGGACAAAAGAGUGUACUCACCUUGUAAUGGUAUCAGUAAAAGUUACUGUUAAGACUAUAUGUGCUUUGAUUUGUGGUCGACCAAUUAUAAAACCAGAGUUUUUUGUUGAAUUAAUCAAAGCUAUUCAGUCCAGGCAACAGUUGCCAAAUUGUGAAAACUUUUAUCCUCCAGUUGAUGAGCCUUCCAUUGGCACUGAAAAUCUGGAUUUAUCUGAGCAUCACGAAAGGAAAAAAAUAUUCAGUGGAAAAACUUUUGUAUUCCUAACUGCUAAGCAGCACAAGAAACUGGGUCCAGCAGUUAUUCUUGGAGGAGGGGAAGCAAAGCUGAUGACAGAAGGAAGAAAAGAAACAUCUUUACUCAUUUCUCCCGAAGUUUGUGUUGUUGAUGUGGGGUUGACAAACUCUCAGAUCCCAGGAUCUGACUCCAUGAGAAACUGGACUGAUUCCAUUCUGACUGUCUUGCAAAGCAAGAAUCUCAGGGCUAUUCCCGAGGCAGAAAUUGGAUUGGCCGUUAUCUUCAUGUCUACAGAAAAAUACUGCAACCCUCAAAAGCAGCCUGGUAACAAAGCUGUAACUAAAAGUACUACUGCAUUAGCUGUUGCAGGGCGAGCCAUUUCUCAGAGUUUGGCUGUGGAUGAAACCAUAAUGCCAACUGCUGCAGAAGACAGCACAGUAUAUGUAGCUGAUACAGAAAUGGAAGAGCAGACAUGUAUGGAGAUAGAGAAUACUCCCCAGAUGGAUAGACGAGGGAAAAUGGCUCUCCAGGAUACAAUUGCUGUAAAGAAAAACCCUACCACAAUCGGCAGUGUAAAUGCAGGACCAUCGAUAUCUAGAGUGAAUAGUACACCUGGGUUUAGUCAAAAAAGUCAUCCUGUCUCACCAUCUAAAAUUUCAGAAGCUGGUAAAUCUAGCGAGUGUGCUUCACGUCACCAGUCUAACUCAAUUACAAAUUACUUCCAGGUAGCUAGAAAAAGGGUACUUGUGUUCAAAUUUCACAAUGCAGUCACUAAAACCCAAGGAAGCUGUUAUGUUGUGAAUGCAGCUGAAACAUCUGUACCCAAAGUAGCAAAACUGGAGGAAAGGUCAUUGCCUGUUUCCAAGUGCACUGAACGCACAGCUUCAUCAGUGUGGAACAGCGAAGCAGAACAGCAUCAAAAGGAAGAUAACAUCGUGGACCGAACCCCAAAUUUUGCAUUAAAAGACACUGGUAUAAAGUUUAUGAGGGAAAGUGACAAACUAGUAAGUGAUAAAACAGACACUAAAACUACUUCUAGUGCAAAGUGUGCACCAAAGAAGAGAAAGGAGUUAGACGAUUUAUCUGAAGAUACAGAGGCACUAGAAAUUGUGUUUGGAAGCAGAGACCUAGACUGGGAAGAUGAAAUGGCAGAUCAUGACCAGGAAGCUCAAAAAAGAAAAAAAAAAUGUUUGGAAGCCAAAAGAAGCAGCAUUCAAGAAGUGAAUGUAAAGCAGAGAGAGGAGAAGAAAAUAGUGAAAGAAGAGGAACUUGGAUCAAGUCUAACUUCAGAAAUCAAAACUGAGAUCAAGCAAGAUUUGCCAGUCUUGAAGCACAACGAACUGCAAGAUGACUCCAGCAAUCUUCCUAGCAGACUUCUGUUGACUGAGUUUAGAUCACUGGUUGUCAGCCAUCCAAGACAGAACAGUCAGCUUACUGGAAACACCAGCUAUGGAGGAAAGAGAAAUUUCAAAACCUUCAAAAAGGUAGCUUAUCCAGGGGAAGGACAACUUCCAUACAUUAUUGGAGGAUCGGAUUUGAUUGCUCACCAUGCUAAAAAGAAUUCGGAACUAGAAGACUGGUUAAGGCAAGAAAUGGAGGAGCAGAACCGACAUGCAAGAGAAGAAUCGCUUGCUGAUGAUCUCUUUAGGUAUGAUCCUAAUGUGAAAAGGAGAAGAUAA